GCUCAUUACUUUUCGAAGCGAGAUCGGGAUGCCUUAGAACACGCACCUAUAAAGCGAGAUAUAAGAAUGAAGAAGAAACAUGUGCUUGCUGCGGUAAAGCUAGGGAAACGACGGAACAUAUUUUAUUAGAAUGUGAGGACGUCUACCCAGCGGUCGAUUUAGGCACCACUGGCCUCCUUGAAGCCCUUGGGUUCAGCGGGAGCAGUGGUAAAGCAAACAGGUCCGCAAUAGACAUCAGUAAGAGGCGAUUGGAGGAUUGGUGGAAGAAAAGUAGGGAAACGACAAAAGACGGAGACGUACAAAAGCACAGUUCGCAAUAGGGUAUCAGAAAAUUUGGACGUGGUAGUUCAUAGUGGUUUUUUUUUUUUUUUUCAUUGGUGAACAUAGGUAGGAUAUUAGGCAGCAUAGUAGUAAGAGCUUGGUGGCGCAAGCCACCGCCCCGUUCCAAAGGGGACGCUCAUAACAUCCAUCCCGGCGCCAUGCUUGUGGUUGUGCCGCAGCAGCCGACGCAUGCUUGCAGCUGUGUUCCGUAAGUGUUGUGUGGUGUUCCCUAGCAUUUAGGUUUCUCGUGUGUUGCAUGUGGCGUUGGUUGUUUGCAAUACUGCUGCGUUGGAAGCUUCCUCUACGGAUACACGCUGUAAAGACUUGGAAAAGUGCCCACACCGGAGCACGUUGUUGCGCGACAAAAAGCUGCUGUGUACGUCUCAUUCGGCGCGACUGCAGUGUAACAUGCAACUCAGCGACUACGCAAAGUCGCUGCCUGACCCCGAGCGCAGCAGAUACAUCAUCAAAAUCGCGAAAUGCGGCGGAGAUGACCCGUUGGCGCUGUCCGAUGACCACUUUACGAACGAUGUUGCUUUUUAUCCAAGUGUCGACCGUGCGGACAUCAGAGACUAUCUAGUCCACGGGACGAGCUUCAUGACGCGGGAUCAGCUAAAGAGCUAUAAAUCCCUGGAGGCUCAUAAUUACGUCACCAGUGGUCUCGUGGAGCCACCAAGAGUGAAAGUUCGUGAUGGCAACGUCGUCGUCGUUGGAAAGGUCCGCCACUCUCAGGCGUUCAGAGAUAAGCUGCUGCUGCCGUGGCUGUUGAUUAAAGCUGACGGGGAAGUUUUGUGCGCGCACUGUACGUGCAUGGCCGGCCUCGGGGAGGCGUGCUCACACGUUGGUGCAGUGCUCUUUUAUUUGGAGGCUGUUGUGACACGCCGGGAUGGUCAAUCAUGCACAGAUGGGCAAAAUGCAUGGCUACCGCCUCAUCUCGUCAGUCUGGAAUGCCGACCGGUGGCAGAGAUGGACUUCGCGUCUUCCGCAAUGAAAAAACGCCGCCUGGACGACACUGAGGCUGCCCCCCGCGACCCACCAAGUGUUGAAAUGCCCAAGCCGAGAGAGGACGAGAUGUUAAAGUUUUUCUCGUCAUUGAGUAAAUCUGAGGGUAGGCCAGCACUUCUCUCGCUUGCCCAAAAAUUUGCUGACCCCUACAUUCCCUUGGGCUUGAAGUACCCUAAGCUCCUCCUCCUCCGCAAUCUGCAAAGGAAGCAGUGCCCAAUUUCCUUGGAGGAUGUACAGGCAGAAUGCCGUAAUGUCUUGCAGGACCUCUCAAUUGAGCCUGAUGUGUGUGUACUGAUCGAGAAGCAGACAAAGGCCCAAUCUGCAUCCGAGAAGUGGCAUUUAUUUCGGACUGGACGCAUCACAGCUUCAAAUGCAGGAGCGGUAUUUGCAACUUCAUUGACCAAGCCUUCAAAGAGCCUGCUGAAGAGACUGUGCUACCCAGAGGACUGCAAAUUCCAGACUGCAGCAACUCAGUGGGGAAAGAAGAAAGAAGCUGCUGGGAGGGCAGCUUACAUAGAGGCAAUGCAGAAGCACCAUCUAGGCUUUAAGUGUGAAAUGUCUGGCCUCCACAUAAGCAUAGAGCGACCAUUUCUGGCUGCAACUCCUGAUGGCCUUGUACAUUGCAAUUGUUGUGGAGACGGCCUUCUGGAGAUAAAAUGUCCAUACUCUGCAAAAGAUGCACUUAUUUGCGAAAUUCCAGAGCGGCAACGAUCUUAUCUUGUAGUUGAUGGCAAUGAUGCAAAGUUAUUGAGAAACCAUCAUUACUUCAAGCAAACUGCUGAGCCUAAUGUAAGCAGCAUCAAGCCACCUUUCUACUGUCCUCGUUACGGUUGA